AUGGCUACUUCGUCAUCUCCUAUCACCCAGGCUUCGGCCACUCAGUACCGUCCCAAUGCAAUUGAAUCUACAAUCGGUUCAGGGAACCUGUUCAUGGAUUUAAGAGGGGUACAGUUCGAGAUCAGCAGGGACGAGCUUAUGAGUCUGCCGGAAAGUGUACUCUUGUGCCUUUUCCCGAAUGGAAUGAUGCUUGAUGCUGCUCUGCAUGGAGCAGCUGAGCAAGGCGAGAUGGUACAUGUUGACUUCGACCCAGAGUGUCUACGAUAUAUCUUGGACUUCUUUCACGCAACGGCACAGCAACCUGCGGGAUCAUCCCUCCUUUCCCUACCAUCUCUGCAGGGCAAACCGGCUAUCAUCGUCCUCCGCGAAGACCUUGACUUUUAUGUCAUCCCACCAACGUCAGCACCUGUUCCUCAGGAAGAGAUGUUCGCUCUCAAGCGUGCAUGUGCUGCUCAUCUCCUUGAGCAAAAUUCGAUCUUUGCCGGCCUCAAGAUGAAGGCAACCUCUCAGGGUGUCAGCGCUGAGCAGCAUCUUAUCGACAUGCUAUGCUCCUCUGGAUUCGGACAAGACGACGACUGGGGCCACCGUGCGCUCGAACCCAGAAAGGCGUGUAUCUCUUCCGUUGCCCUUGCCGACUUGAAGGACCAGAGCGGUGCAGUGGGUGCUACGCCUGGCGGUAUCGUGACGAGCACCGCACAGAAACUUUUGCUGUUCUGGAGAAAGCCUGCGAGGAAGUGUUGGUGGGACGGAUUGGAGUUGGAAGGAGUUGAGGGAGUGAAAUAUGGCAGGGUGAAGGUCUGGAUCAGGAGAGUGUGGACAUUGGAGUUGAGUGUGUUGGGGGUGAAAUAA